UGUAAGGACCUGACCUUAGUCCAUCCAGAUCAAUAGGGAAGUGAGGGUGGAAAGAAGAAGAAGAAGAGGAAGAAAUAAGGGGCGCAACCGGAUCGUUUACACUGGCUGUUCCCGAGGAAAUAUAGACUUCCCUUGCUUGCACCUUUUGUUGCUCACAUGCUCACACUGUAAAAGUGGAUAUCGAGGCAAUUCCCUUGAUUUGUGUGAUUGCAGCAGACUUUUUCCCCCUUUCCUGCCACCAUGUCUUUCCCUCAGCUGGGAUAUCAGUACAUCCGACCGAUAUACCCGCCGGAGCGCCAGGGGAUCGCCAGCAAUGCCCGGGCCGGGACAGAGCUCAGUCCGUCAGGCGCACUCUCUAACGUCCUCUCCACUAUGUAUGGAUCUCCUUUCGCCGCAGCAGCGCAAGGCUAUGGAGCGUUUCUCCCGUACUCAAACGAUAUAUCAAUAUUCAAUCAAUUGGGUGCUCAAUAUGAACUGAAAGACAGUCCCGGCGUCCAGCACCCAGGGUUUGCCCACCAUCACCCUGCUUUUUAUCCAUAUGGCCAAUAUCAGUUCGGUGACCCGUCCAGACCCAAAAACGCCACGAGGGAGAGCACCAGCACCCUGAAGGCCUGGCUCAGUGAACACCGCAAGAACCCCUACCCAACCAAGGGCGAGAAGAUCAUGCUGGCCAUCAUCACCAAAAUGACCCUCACCCAGGUGUCCACCUGGUUCGCCAACGCCAGGAGGAGGCUAAAGAAGGAGAAUAAGAUGACCUGGACCCCCCGGAACCGCACCGACGAAGAGGGAAAUGUUUACCCCAGCGAUCACGAAGGGGAGGAGGGGGACAAGAGGGAGGACGAGGAGGAGAUCGACUUGGAGAACAUCGACACGGAAAAUAUCGAGAACAAGGACGACUUGGACGACCAGGACGACCUGCAUUCAGAUAUAAAACUAGACGGGAGGAGUGACUCUGAGAUUUCUGACGGCUAUGAGGAUUUACAAGGGCCCGACCAGAGGUUUCUAAAGGCUGUAGGGAAAGAGGGCAAAGACGUGGAGAGAGGAGGAGAGCACUUCCACAGCCACCACCUCCACCAUCAUCACUCGUCUUUGGAAAUCAAAACGUCCCAGCCAAACGGAGAACAGCUCAAACUGAAUCCGGUGUCCGUUAACUCACCGCCCUCAGAAAACAAUCCAGCCCCAGCCCAAAAGCCAAAGAUUUGGUCUUUGGCAGAGACAGCCACGGCCCCUGACAAUCCGCGCAAAUCGCCACAAAUGAACGGCAGCAACUCCGCAGGGCCGGCCGCCCAGACCAUAAUCGCCCCUCACAGACUUAUCUCUUCUUGUCCUGUUGGGAAAAUCCAGAACUGGACGAACCGAGCCUUCUCGGCGCACCAGCUGGCUUUACUGAACUCCAAUCAUUAUCUGGGACUGGCAAACCAGGCCACUGCCACCAGCCUGGCCCUCUACAGCAGCAGGCAAACGGAGGACAAGAGUCAUAGUUCAGAGACUCCAGUCACAGGUACAUGUCCCCGACACUGAGACGCGCAUGUAUAAAUAACUACAAAAACAAAGACACUAGUCCAUUGCCCGUCAUUCAUUUCUAUUAUUUUAGACCUCCUUUUGCCUUCUUUGCCUGUUGAUGAAU